GUGGUGUCGCCAUUUUGUUUUUCAGUUGGUGUUCACAGUGAGGCGUGCGCGUGUGAUAUUAUUUGGCUUUCUGCGGUUAAUAAUAGAUUGAAUACGAGUUAAUUGUUUUGCUUUCAUUUUACACGACAUAAAGAUCAUCAUGUCAGAUCGAGAGAGGAGUCGCUCGAGGACUCGUAACGGUUCCCGCGAGGCUGCACCUAAACCUCCAACGAUGUCUCGGGGACACAGCCGAAGCCGGUCUCGGACGCCGCCCCCGCCAAAAGCUUCAAGCAGGAAGUAUAGAAGCCCCUCGCGCUCCAGAUCGCGGUCGCGGUCGGGCUCGGCGCGGCGCGGCUACCGCGCGCGCUACUCGCGCUCGCGCUCGCGCAGCUACUCGCCUCGCGGGUCCUACCGCCGCUCGCACAGCCACAGUCCCAUGUCGUCGCGCCGCCGCCACCAGGGGGACAGGGUGAGAGUUGCUUCAUAUGAAAACCCGACGCCGUCUCGUUGUCUGGGAAUCUUUGGACUCAGUCUGUACACCACAGAACAACAGAUCAACCACAUCUUCUCUAAAUAUGGACCGGUAGAGAAAGUGCAAGUUGUCAUAGAUGCUAAGACUGGACGAUCCCGAGGCUUCUGCUUCGUAUACUACGAAUCCCAGGAUGACGCCAAGGUGGCCAAGAACGAAUGCACUGGUAUGGAGAUCGACGGACGCCGCAUCAGAGUUGACUACUCCAUCACGCAGCGCGCGCACACACCUACACCUGGCAUAUACAUGGGCAAACCUACUGUGAGCGGUCGAGGUGACAACGGCUACGACAGGCGAGGGCGAGGCGACAGAGAUGACUACUACUACCGCGGCGGCGGCUACCGCGAGCGCGACUACUACCACCGCUCGUACCGCCACCGCUCGCCCUCGCCGCACUACCGCCGCUCGCGCCGCUACGAGCGCGAGCGCUCCUACUCGCCGCGUAUUGAAACAAGAAGUAAAGGAUGAAGUUCCUUGAAACUAACUGUGUUGAAGUUUUGAAAAUGUUUGAUUGAAAAGUCCUUUCGAAAUGGAAAAUCCCGACCGGUUUCUGGGUGCCGAAACAACUGCUCGGUGCCGAAGCGAAGCUUUCGGAAAAUGUUGGCAAAUGUCGAAGCGAAAAGAAUAUGAUCGAGUCGGCGGCGUAAAGUAGGGAGCGACACUGCGGGAGCGCAGAUCAUAUUCUUAUCAAACGACAACUAACUAUCAAGUCUAGACAACCACUUCCUUUACCUACUUUUCAACGUGAUCUUUUGCAUUUUUUCAGAGACAUAGUAUGUAUUUAAAUAUAAUUAUAUAUCGAAGUAUUGAGUAUGACAUCAUAUUUCACAUUCUCUAGUGUAGACUUGUGUUGUGAGCGACUUGUUAAUAAACAUUAGUUUUGUAAUGUCA